GCAGGCUGCUCAGCACCACGGACAGCUCCCCCCGGCCGCGGCGGCUGCCCCUGUGGAGGGCACUGGUGCCAGGAUGAAGGAUGCCUCGCCCCCUCUGUCGUGCAGCUGAGUGGUAGGAGCCCAGAUCAAAACAAAGGAGAGCGCCACAUAAAAGCCUAUAGCAGCCGGAGAGCAGUGCACAGGCGGGAGCAGCACAGGCGGGGAGCUGGCGCUCUACUCUAUCACCAGGUCCAGCAGGGACGAGCCCACAGCAGCACCCACACAGCACCCUGCUCAAGGGACUAUGGACACAGAUGACCCCUUGUUACAAGAUGCUUGGUUUGAUGAUGAAGAUGAUGAAAUGUCCUUCAGGUCACCCAUAUGUAAUGCUUCCAAGUGGACUUCCAAGCCUUUAAAAGAUGCCAUGCCAACCUGUGAAUUUUGGAACAUAGUGGGAUGGAUAUUCACAAAUGUUUAUUGUGCCACCUUUCUGUUGGCUUUAGGAUGUAUGGUACCUAUGGUCCUUUCCAUCAUUAUGUUUGUACAUUACCCUACCCUUGAUAUUGACAUCUCCUAUAAUGCUUUUGAGAUUCGCAACCAUGAGUCCUCCCAGAGGUUUGAUGCGCUCACCCUUGGUCUGAAAUCCCAAUUUGGCACCUGGGGGAGAAACAGGAGGGAUGUUGCAGAUUUUACCUCCGAAACUUUGCAACGUUUAAUCUUUGAGCAGCUUCAACAGCUCCACCUGAAUACAUCUGAGGCUGAUAGCCCUAUAAGGGUAAAAAGGAACACUGUUUGGCACAAUACUACAGAGAGAACUAACUGCACAGCUACUGAAUCUUCAUUGCCCUUGACUUCUGCUAUGAACCAAUCCCGUCACCCUCGUGGAGCAUCAGUUAAGGAGUUUACAGGUGUAUAUGUGACUCCUAACACUCAGAGUCAUGCUCACUGGAGAAUAGAGCUUAUUUUUUUAGCCAAGGGAGAUGAGGAAAAUAACAUAUUUACAAAAGAACGUUUGAUGACUAUCCACAAGAUAGAGAGGAAAAUCAUGGAUCACCCUCACUUCCGGGAAUUUUGUUGGAAACCUCAUGAGGUUCUCAAAGACCUUCCUCUUGGAUCAUACUCAUACUGCUCACCUCCAAGUUCACUCCUCACUUAUUUCUUCCCCACAGAGAAAGGAGGAAAGAUCUACUAUGAUGGAAUGGGGCAAGACUUGGCUGAUGUGCAUGGAUCCCUAAAGUUGGCAAUGACCCAUCCUGAGUUCUACUGGUAUGUAGACGAGGGUCUCACAACAGAAAACCUGAAGAGUUCUCUUUUGCGAAGUGAAAUAUUAUUUGGGGCUCCUUUACCUAAUUACUACUCAGUGGAGGAUCGAUGGGAGGAGCAGCACAGGAAGUUCCAAAACUUUGUAAUCUCCUACAUAAGCAUCUUAUCUAAAGAAUCCACAAGUAAAGUGCUGGUGCUGUACGGGGGGACCGACCUGUUCGACUACGAAGUGAGAACGACAUUCAAUAAUGACAUGUUACUGGCCUUCAUCAGCAGCAGCUGUAUCGCUGUCCUAGUGUAUAUCCUCACAUCCUUCUCCGUGUUCCUCACCUUCUUUGGGAUUGCCAGUAUUGGCCUGAGUUGCCUUGUGGCCCUGUUCCUGUAUCAUGUGGCCUUUGGAAUACAGUAUCUUGGGAUCCUGAAUGGGGUGGCAGCUUUCGUCAUUGUUGGGAUUGGGGUGGACGAUGUGUUUGUUUUCAUAAACACCUACCGGCAGGCAGAUCAGAUAAGAGACCCGCGCCAGCGGAUGAUCCACACUGUGCAGACGGCUGGAAAAGCCACAUUCUUCACCUCCCUCACUACAGCAUCAGCCUAUGCAGCCAACAUCUUCUCUCAGAUUCCUGCUGUUCACGACUUUGGUCUGUUCAUGUCACUCAUUGUCUCCUGUUGCUGGGUGGCUGUUCUGUUUAUUAUGCCAGCAGCACUGGGUAUAUGGGGAGCCUACAUCUCUCCGCUGGAGACAUCAUGUCAUUCAAAUUGCAGUGAAAGUUGCCUGAAGAAAGAUAGCUUGGACAUCCAUGAGGAUCUACUUUUAGGCCAGGACCCCUAUUCUCGGCCAGUCCCCGGCACAGUUCCAUACCUAGAUGAUGACAUUCCCCUCUUGAUGGUUGAAGAUGAUGCAGUGGCUUAUGAAUUUGGUGAUGUUCCUCUGGUCUCUGUGCGUCCGGAUAAUCUGAAACAGAAGACAGAUGCAGAUAAAAGAGACCAAGUGAUACAAUGGUUCCAUGCCAUCCUGCAGCAUUGUGUCCUGUGGACAUCUGAUAAAGGCAGGCACAUUACUGUUGGUAUUUUUGUAGUGGUCCUCAUCCUCUCUAUAUCUUUUGCGUGCCAUCUUCAUCCAGCCAGCCGAGCCCCUGUGCUCUUUAGGCCUGAUACUAAUAUCCAGCUGCUCUUAGACCUCAAAUACAAUCUCAGCGCGGAAGGAAUAUCCUGCGUGACAUGCUCAGGUUUGUUUCAGGAGAAACCUCGGAGCCUUCAAAACAACAUUCGGACCUCAUCAGACAAGAAGAAGAGAGGUUCACUGUCAACAUGGAACAAUAAGAUGGCCAUCGGUGACAUUGGCCAUGAGGAUUUACAGAGAACAGUAUAUGUCACCAGAUGUAAAUGGGAAGGAAGGGCCACCAUUUACCGACUAUCCUUAAAUGCUUCCGCUAUACCCCCCUGGCUAUCUACCCUGCCUGGGGAUGAUGAAGUGACCUCAUUUCAGGUGUAUAAGAUUCCUUACGGUAACUACACCUGGAAGCUGACAGCUUGUAUGUCCACCAUAGGGCUGAAGACAGAAAUCUGUCCCAAGAAAUGGAUGAUCACCUCCUCAGGGUGCGACACACGGAGAGGAUGGAAAUUUGACUUCAGUUUCUAUGCUGCAGAUAAGGAGCAGUCCUAUGCAAGAAAGCUAUAUUUUACAUUGGUGCAUAAAAACCCCACUCAUGGGAGAGUGUGCGCUUCUGCCUCCGGAUGUCUUGGAUCGGGGUCAGAUGUGUCAAACAGAGGAUUUUUCUAUGUACCCACUGAGAAAGGUGCUCCAAAGAAAUUGUCUCCAACAUUAAACUUCAAUCCUUGCUUGAACAUAGCCUGUGGAAAACCUGCAGUCCGUCCCCUUGUGGACACCGGGGCCAUGGUGUUUGUUGUCUUUGGAAUUCAAGGAGUAAAUCGGACUAGAGUCCCAGAUAAUCAUGUGCUGGGUGAACUGGGCAGGGUGAUCUACGAUGACAAGUUUGACCUCUUUAAAGAAAUCGGUAAUUUGUGCCGACUGUGCAAAGUAAUAGCCGGUAACAAAGACCUGGUGAAGCCAGGUGGAGCGCAGUGUCUCCCGUCAGGUUACAGUAUAUCCUCCUUUCUUCAGAUGUUGCAUCCUGAAUGCAAGAACAUCCCUGAGCCAAACCUUCUCCCUGGCCAGCUCUCCCAUGGGGCUGUGGGUGUGAAAGAUGGGAAGGUUCAGUGGAUCUCCAUGGCAUUUGAAUCUACAACCUACAAGGGUAAAUCCUCCUUUCAGACAUAUAAAGAUUACUUGAAAUGGGAAUCAUUCCUGCAACAGCAGCUACUGCACCUCCCCGCAGACUCGGCACUGAAACAUGGAUUCCAGACAUGCGAGCACUGGAAGCAGAUCUUCAUGGAGAUUAUAGGGGUACAGAGCGCCUUGUACGGUCUCAUCCUGUCCCUAGCCAUCUGUGUGAUUGCUGUGGCUAUCUUCACUACGCAUGUCCUGCUCCUCAUCCCAGUGCUGCUUACAAUAUUAGGUGUUGUGUGUCUAGUGGUGACAAUAAUGUACUGGCUGGGAUGGGAGAUGGGCGCCGUGGAGGCCAUUUCUCUAUCAAUACUUGUUGGCUCUUCGGUGGACUAUUGUGUCCAUUUGGUGGAAGGAUAUCUUCUGGCAGGAGAAAAUCUUCCUCUUCAUCUCAUGGAAGAUCAGUUGGCAUGUCGUCAAUGGAGAGUGACAGAAGCCGUCCGCCACGUUGGUGUAGCCAUCGUGUCCAGUGCGAUUACAACUGUCAUAGCCACCAUUCCUCUCUUCUUUUGCAUUAUCGCCCCUUUUGCCAAGUUUGGAAAGAUUGUGGCUUUAAACACUGGCAUCUCCAUAGUGUACACUUUAGCUGUGAGCACGGCCCUACUGGCUGUCAUGGCGCCUAGUACCUUCGUCAGGACCAGAACUUCUUUCCUUAAAGCAACUCUGGUGGUCAUUCUUUGCUCAGUUGGGAGUGUCCUUGUUUACAUCAUCUUGCUCAAAACAGGGUUAACUAUCCCAAUUCUCAAUGGGACCCCUCCAUAGGGCAAACCUUUUUAUAGAAAUGUUUUGUACAAAUUUUUUGGGCAAGUAUUCUAAAGUGCAAACAGAAGCAGCAACACACUGUGUGUUUUCUUUUACUACAGAAGCACUUUAUUUUUAUGUUUUCUUCUUUCUUUACUUAGAUGAUGCAUACAACAGCAGACAUGGAGUCACUGCAAUGCAGAACCUGGGGGCAAGAACAUGGUCUGGCCCUCCAUGAAGAUUUUUUUUUAAUGCAGAUUCAGCAUUUGUGGCCUUAUUUACUACGAAAGGUCUAGAAAAAGAUUUUAUUCGUCAUCAAUGGUACUCAAAUAGAAAUCUUUCCAGUUCAACACAUGUCCCAAAUGCUAUUUUGAAUUCACCCAGUGUGGACUUUUCCACCCUCUGGAAGGGAUUAUUUUAUUAAAUUCCAUCCAUAAUUGUAAUGGCCGGGUCCUAACACCCAGCAACAUGGACAAAUCCUGCAUAACUAAAUCUUAGAGCUAAUUUACUACAUUGUAUGGUUACAAGUAUUGACUUUUGUAUUAUUAUUCUUGCACAAUACCUUCAUUUUACAAAAAUAAUGCAGCUAUGACUUGGAUAGUUUGUAGGUUAGAGUAAAGAGCAUUUCCCCCAUAAAACAAAAUAACGAAUAAAUAUAGUACCCGAAUUCCACUUAUUUUGGACAUAUGGCCCCCCAACAAUGGCUCACAAGGUCCAGAAAACAAACCCAUUUUAAGGUGAUUUUGGAGCCAACCACUUACCACAAGGGUAUGUUUCUUAUAAGAUGAUUCUCAAAUAACUUAUUAGACCUUUCUAUGGUAAAGAUGGAAAUGGACUGUCCAUUGGUGACCUCAAGGAAGUCCAGAGUGACACCAUUCCCAACAAGCUCCCCUUCAAGGGCAAGUCUUCCUUUUUAUAGAGUGAUAUGGGGACUCCAGAUCUGGGACUCCCCUCAAUAACUAGGUUGAUUUACCAUUCAGGGACUGGGUGACAAGCCCUG